AUGAAGCAUCAUAUGACAAGACAGCAACCACCCCCCGAUCAAGGGGAGGUCGCUCCAGUGGCAACAGAGCAGCUCGUUCUUGUAGGUUCACAAAUAGGAGCGUCCCGGGGUAUAUCAGCUCGGACCCCAACUCACACACGAAAUACAGCAACCGGGGCACCGACUUACGUGUCCAAGACCUCCGCAUUAGCCCCAAUUGACCUCCGCCAUGAGUUAGAAAGGAGGAGAAGGGGCAGAACGCCCGAGGUCGAGGCAUCUCGCGAAACUGUCGCUGAAAACAAAGACCCAUGGGAAGCUCAGCUUGAAGAACUCCGAAACCAGAUCAAGAGCAUGCACCGAGAUCACCAGAUGCAGGCUCCAGCUGUAGUAGAAGCGAUGAUGGAGGAGACCGAGCCUCCGUUUACUAGUGAAAUCAUGGACUCAGCAAUGUCUUCAAGGUUUAGGAUGCCCCCCAUCAUUCAAUAUUCAGGUUCCGGGGACCCAACAGAACACAUGGAAUCUUAUUGUUCUUGGAUGCAGAUCCAGUCGACAUCAGAGGUGAUGAUGUGCAAAGCAUUCUCCAUAACCCUAACAGGGGUUGCGAGAAGCUGGUACCGACAACUCAAGCCGAAAUUAAUCAACAUGUUUGCCAUGCUCAGUAAAGCUUUCUUAACGCAAUUCAUUGUCGAGAAGAAGAGUCGAAAACCGUCAACUCAUCUACUCACCCUCAAACAGAAAAGUGGGGAAUCGUUGAAGGACUACAUUUCUCGAUUCAACGAAGAGGCUUUGCAAGUCGACGAUUACUUCAACAAGAUGGCUCUAACCGCAAUGAUCAGCGGACUCAAAGACGGGAGGUUCCUCUUUUCGAUAGGGAAGAACCCCCUGGCCACUCUGAGCGAUCUCAUAAAUCGAGCCCAGAAGUAUACUAAUGCUGAGGAGUUCUUUAGCUGUGAAAAAGUGCCCAAGGCUCAGAGCAUUCACCCAAAGACACGAAGCGCAAGGAUGCCCCAUUCAAACCUAGCACGAGCAAGAAGAGAUCCUAUUGGAGAUCCGAGACAGAAAGCUAUUACAUUGGUUGAUCUGCAUGAAGACGGAAGCAGGUCAGCAAGACAAGCGCAGAUAUUGUCACUUUCAUACCAUGGGCAUAACACCAGUGAUUGCAUCGACUUGAAGGAGAUUGAGACCCUCAUCCGCAAGGGUCACUUAUGUCAGUACAUAAAAGAAGAAAGACAGGCUCGGAAGGACGAGCAACCAGGCAGAGCUAGGGACGAUGGUACUAAGAUCCGGAUGAUAUACGGAGGUCCGUCCGGAGGCAGUGACUCAAACCAAGCCCGAAAAGCUCAUGCUCGAAGCAUCUACCCCGAGCACUAUAUCCACUUAGCUAACAGGCCGAGAAAGGAGCUCCAAGUGAGUACGUGCAAUCUUACAUUUACAGAGGAUGAUGCGUGCGGAAUUCAGCAUCCUCAUGACAAUGCUUUGGUAGUCACGAUGACAAUAUCCAAUCGUAAGGUGUACUGCAUCUUGGUUGAUACGGGGAGCACGGUCGACAUCUUGUACUCUGAGGCAUUCAACAAGAUUGGCAUUGAUAGAUCAUGCCUCCGACCUAUUCGGACCCCGUUGCAUGGCUUCGCAGGCGAUAAAGUUAUCUCGAAAGGGACGAUCUCUCUUCCGGUCAAAGUAGGAGAAGGACAGAAUCAAGUCACCUUGUUGGUGGACUUUCUGGUGGUACACACUGUCAUUUUUGAAUGA